UUUGUGCUGCCAUCAGGUAGGUGGCUAGCAACUCCGCGUUUUCCAAGUUAUAAUAAAUAUAUUUAUGAGACGUGACUUUAUACGUUGCUGAUUUAAGGAUUACUGCCCCUACUAGAAUGCGGGAUCAUCUAAAUAGCUAGAACUCGUCGAAAAGGACAUAAACAGAGAGAGCAAGCUAACAGAAGUACUAGCAUCGUUAGCAUAGGUGUGUGGCUGUUUUGUUUGCUGCAGUGCUGUUAACGUCAGAAGCUGGCCUUUAUUGAUAAAGCACCGUAUAUGGAUCCUCACAUCAGUGUGAAAGACGAACCCACUAGUGAUGAUGACGUUACACACAGCUGGUGCAACCCUGUCCAGCCCUCACAAAUGGACUACAGUCAUGAAGGUGCUGUUGAUAAGUCUGAGAUGGAACCAGAUGACCUUCCAGGCCUCAGUGAGCCAAGAAAACCAACAUUAAAUGUGAUUGUCAAAGAGGAGGAGGAAGAUGAGGAUGAUGAGGAGGACAUGGUUGACCGAGGUUCAGACACUGACUACACACCAAGUCCCGCUGUGGUAGUGAAGGUGGGAGAACCCAAAGCACCAAAGAAUAAGAACACAGUAAAGAAACUUCACCAGUGCCCCGACUGUGGUAAAACCUUUGAGAGGCUGUCGCGUCUGAAGAGGCACGAGCCAUCACACUUGAGGAAGAUCAAGCACCCGUGCCCUGACUGCAACCAGUCUUUUGGCAACCUCUCAGUCCUGAAGAAACACAGGGCAACACACAAGAGCACAGAGAAGCUGACUCACCAGUGUCAACAAUGUGGCAAGACGUUUGAGAAGCUAUCGCGCCUCAGAAGGCACCAGCCCGUACACCAGAGGAGAAAGAGGAUGGACCACCCGUGUCCUAAAUGUGGCAAGACCUUCAAGAAGUUAUCUGGCCUGGUUCGGCACGAGAGAGGACACACCGGAGAGAAACCGUUCCCUUGCUCCCAGUGCGGGAAGAGCUUUGCCGACGACCGUCACCGGAAAGUGCACGAGCAGGCUCACCUAGGGAAGCUGGAGAGACCCCACUGCUGCUCUGACUGCGGGAUCUGCUUCCCCAAACCGUCCGAGCUUCGACGGCACCAACGUGCGCACACGGGAGAGAAACCGCACCGCUGCCCUGACUGUGGGAAGGCCUAUUCCCGGUCAGAGACUCUAAAGAGGCACCUUCUCAUCCACACGGGGGAGAGACCUCACCUCUGCACUGAUUGUGGGAAAAGCUUCAUUGACUUGCAGCAGUUGAAAUCUCACCAGCGGAUUCACACUGGAGAGAAACCAUUUCACUGCCCCGUGUGUGGGAAGGGUUUCUCACAGAGGGGUAACAUGAGGGCACACCAUCGGACUCACACAGGGGAGAAACUUCACCACUGUGCCGACUGCGGGGCCAGUCUCUCCACAUCCUCUAGUUUAAAAGAGCAUCAGCUCAUUCACACAGGAGAGAGGCCCUUCCAGUGUCUGGUCUGUGGCAAACGCUUUCUGCACAUCUGGAGACUCAGAAAACACCAGAAGACACACACACACACCGGACUGACACACACACCGGACUGACACACACACCGGACUGACACACACACCGGACUGACACACACACCGGACUGACACAUGCCGGACACACAUAAGGAAGACGUCUCUGUGUGCUUUGAAAGAGCAGCAACUGUAGUGUUGUACUACUACUACUACUAAUAUUAAUACUACUAAUAUUAAUACUACUAAUAGUUAAUACUACUAAUAGUUAAUACUACUAAUAUUAAUACUACUAAGUUAAUACUACUAAUA